AUGGACCCUGGGGGCUGUGCCUCCAGUCUCACCCCACCCCACAUCCAGUGUCCCCCACCUUCCAUUCUGGACCCUGUGGGCCCAGCCCCUCCCCACGUCGUUGGUUCAGGGGCCUUAGUGCAUGCUAGUGGGUGUGGGAUUGGCCAAGCUGUUUCACCUUUUCCCCACGGUCAGAACUGCAGCCUAGGAGGCACUCGCCCUGCAGGAAAGGUCUGCUGUGAGAGCCCUGAGGGGCCCAGAGGACUCAAGGAAACUUGCUGGCAGCUGGCCCUAACCCUUCUCCAGCUUUUUCUACAGGCCCAUCCCAGCGAAAAAGUGGAAAUUCCCCAAGCUGUGACCUCCCACACAAGUGGAGGCUCACUACCUACUUAA